UUAGAUGAUUCAGAACUUGAUUCAAAGAUCCGUGUGAUCUCUAGGGAAGAUUAUUUGGCACAAACUUUAGAAAGAAGUCCAUUUAGAGAUGAAGAAGGUCGUCCUAUUCAAGGUAGUAAUGCUGAAGAGGCAAGAUUACAUCCUCGUACGCUAAUAGCAAGAAACCCAAGAGAACAGAUCAAAGUGCCUGACUUGAUUUCAAGAGCUAUCAAGUCCCAUAUUCUAGCACUGCGGUUACCAAAACGUUUAAGAACUUCAGUUAGUGAUAUGUAUAUCGCCUUACAAAAAAAUCAAAUUCACAAGCCAACUAAAUCUGCUAUGGAAUGUGAUGCUCAUAUAGCUGGUUUGUUUAUUCAGAACUAUGCAUCUAUAUAUCAAGUGUUGUCGGAACUAAAGAAAAGAACUAAAGAUUUCAAUCCAAAUAAAGUCUUGGAUAUCGGGUUUGGUCCUGCUACUGGUAUGAUUGCACUUAAUCAACUGAUGGGUAAUGAAUUCAAACCAGAAGUUAAAGAUGCUUUGAUUGUUGGUGACAAGUCUAUGAAAGAUAGAGCCAAGAUUUUGUUAUCAAGACAACUUAAUGAAUAUACUGGAGAUAUCAAAGACUUGGAAUUAGAAAUGGAUGAAGCCCAAGAGGAAAUGUUGGAAGAUGUUGAUGAAAAUGUUUUCCAAGAUGAGAUUGAUGAUCGUGUCGGUGCCAUUAAAACAAACCAUAUUAAAGUUAAGACCAAAUUACGUGACUAUCUUUCACCAACAAAGAAGUAUGAUUUGAUUAUUGCCACUCAUCAAUUAUUACAAGAUUCUUCAAGAUUCCCAUUCCAAGUUGAUGAAAAUGUUGAUAUUCUAUUGAAAUCUUUAUCACCAAAUGGUCAUUUAGUCCUUGUUGAAAGAGGUAAUCCAUUAGGUUUUGAAAUCGUCGCUAGAGCAAGACAUGUUAUGAUUAGACCUGAUAGAAAUGGGAACGAAAAUGGUAAAAUUCCAAGAUCAUAUCAAAAGAAUGAAAAUACCAAAGGUAAAAAUAGAUCAAAUUUGGGUAAAUUAUCAGAAGAAAUGGAGAUGGCUAAAGAAUUGGAAGAAAGAUUUGGUUCAUUAUCUGAAAAAGAUUUAGAAUUUGAAGAAGGUUUAGAAGAGCUUGAAGUUGAAGAUUUUGACAAAUUAGCCUCCAACAUUGAAGAAUCAUUAGAAACUAUUGACAAAGAUCCAUAUCACAUUUCAAUCGUUGCACCAUGUCCACAUCAUCAUAAAUGUCCUUUACAAACAUCAAAACCAGAAUACUAUACAACACCACCAGGUGGGAAAUUGAAUUUCUGUAACCAUGAAGUUUCAGUUGAAAGACCACCAUUCUCAUUAGAUGUUAAAAGAGGUAAAGUCUUAGCCUCUAAAUGGGGGUCACCAACAGCUGGUAGAUCAUCUAUUGGGUUACCAGGUAGUGGUAGACCAAACGGUAAGAAUUAUGAAUUGGCAAGUUUUUCAUACAUGAUUGCACAUAGAUCACCAAAUGAUGCUGAAACAGUUUCUAGUAUUGAAAAAAGACGUGAAGAGGCUACACAUGAUGAUUUACUUGGUACUGAAGGUGAAGACCAAAGCACUUGGCCACGUAUCAUGUUGCAACCAAUGAAGAGAACAGGACAUGUCACCAUGGCCUUGUGUGGAGCUUCUGGUAAGAUUGAAAAAUGGACUGUUUCAAAAUCAUUAAAACAUCAAAUUUAUUAUGAUGCUAGAAAGUCAGCAGCUGGUGAUUUAUGGGCAUUUGGUGCUAAAUCCAAGACUGUUCACGACAUGGGUGUUAAUGAUACAAAGAUUGAAAAGAUUGAAAACUUUUACAAGAAUGAAGCUAAGCGUCUUGCUAGUGAAAAGAGAAGA